CCUUGUAGUUAGUGUACGCUUUUCUCGUGUGCAGUAUUUUUUUUUUAAACAUAUAGUUUGAAUUUAUUUAUUGUACGUUUAAUUUAGUCAAAAAUGAUUUCUGCUCGGUCUCCUCUUUCUGUUAAGUAUGAGAACUCGCUGAGUUCCUCCGUGAGCAACAUGUCGCUGGACAAAGAAAACACGCCUCCGAGCACGAACUCCACUCGUAUCCUGGCGUCCAAAACCGCGCGGAAAAUCUUCUAUGAUGCAAAGCCCAAAGCCACAGUGAGCAGCAGUGAGGAGGAGCCACUGCUGAAGGACAACCCCCACCGCUUUGUCAUCUUCCCCAUCCAGUACCAUGACAUCUGGCAGAUGUACAAGAAGGCUGAAGCAUCUUUCUGGACAGCAGAGGAGGUCGACCUGUCCAAGGAUCUGCAGCACUGGGAGUCUCUGAAGGAUGAGGAGAGGUACUUCAUCUCUCAUGUGCUGGCAUUCUUCGCCGCCAGUGAUGGCAUCGUAAAUGAAAAUCUGGUGGAGCGCUUCACCCAGGAAGUGCAGGUGACGGAGGCCAGGUGUUUCUAUGGUUUCCAGAUCGCCAUGGAGAACAUCCACUCAGAGAUGUACAGCCUGCUGAUUGACACUUACAUCAAAGAUCCCAAAGAGAGAGAAUACCUUUUCAACGCCAUUGAGACUCUACCGUGUGUGAAGAAGAAAGCCGACUGGGCGCUCAACUGGAUUGGCAACAAGAACGCCACCUAUGGAGAGCGAGUGGUGGCAUUUGCUGCUGUGGAGGGAAUCUUCUUCUCUGGUUCUUUCGCAGCUAUCUUCUGGCUGAAAAAGCGAGGUCUGAUGCCCGGUCUGACCUUCUCUAACGAGCUCAUCAGCAGAGAUGAGGGUCUGCACUGUGAUUUUGCCUGUCUGAUGUUCAAACACCUGGUCAACAAGCCAUCAGCGGAGACGGUGACAAAGAUAAUCAAGAAUGCUGUAGAGAUUGAACAGGAGUUCCUGACCCAGGCUCUGCCUGUCAAACUGAUCGGGAUGAACUGUGAGCUGAUGAAGCGAUACAUUGAGUUUGUUGCUGACCGACUGUUACUGGAGCUCGGCUUUACAAAGAUCUACCGGGUGGAAAACCCCUUUGACUUCAUGGAGAACAUCUCUCUGGAGGGAAAAACGAACUUCUUUGAGAAGCGGGUUGCUGAAUACCAGAGGAUGGGUGUGAUGUCCACCCCCACAGACAACACCUUCAGAUUGGAUGCAGAAUUCUGAGGACUGGCCAUGUUUGGCUAUCUGAACCUCUGUCUGUGGUUUCACCACUCACUCUGGCUUACAGGGACAGAUGUGACUCGAGAUGGACUUUUCUGCAAAUUUUUAUGCACGUUGUCUUGGAGGACUUGUUUCACUGCCAGAUGCGUGUUUUUCAGCCAAGAAUGAGGUUUACAGCAUGGGCUCAAAAACCUUCAGUUCGCCUUCAUAAACUUUUAGUUUAGGAUUUCAGAGAAGGCUCACAAACCUACUUCUUUGGUGUGUGUGUGUAUAUAUGUGAGUUUUUAACUUUUUUAUUUAACUUUUUUUUUA